UUCAAAUGGAAAGCUGUUCAGCGAUCAGUCCGAGCUGGUCACCGCAGCCGAAAGGGAGCGAAGUGUGCGGAGGAUUUGUACCUGACAAACUCAACAGACACCGGCUUUUGGUGAAGAGGCGAUUUGCAGUGCAGUGCGCAUCGGUCAGAUAGUGCAUGCUUACACACAAACCCCCGCGAUAGGCGCUUAAUUAUACAAAGGCGGGUGUUAUUCAUUUCAAGGUUAAUCUUUUAUUUAAUAGGAGAAGAAAGUGGGAACGCUGGAGCUGGACCUUUUGUCGAGUUCGACGUUGAUGGAAUGCAUUGAAUGUGAUGAAAAAUCAUACUAUUAACAAGAAGUUUUCUCGUUAGUGACGAGGUGGAGAAGCUCCUUUAGAUACGUGGUGUUUACAAAGAACGAAAACCAGAGUCGCUUUUUAAUAAUACUCAUUGAAUUUAGCCUUAUUCUUGCCCGGAAAAGUUUCCGUUUUAUCCUCUUGGAAGAUCUUGGGAACUAUUCAUCUGCCACCGACAACUCGACUGGUCUGGACUGUCGGACUUCAGAUGCUUCUCACAGCGGACCCGGUUUCUCUGGAGCUCUUCGGACAGGCGUGGUGGAGUUAAAGUAGAAUUCAAUAAGGGCAUUGUCCGAAGGAAAAGGCGAUCGAGACCCACAGAGAGCCGCUGUCCCUGCGCCGAGGUGCUGAGGAGCGGCUUUCGUGUCUUUUCCUUAAAUGCACAAGCAAUUGCGGAGACUGGUGCUUCGGCAUGAUGGGCUUUACGGUGCUUGUGCUCGCUACGCUCGCGUGCCUACGCUUUGGAAGCGGCCAGGGGGAUCCGCUGCCCUUAUCCCUGGUGGAGCUGGUGACAGGCUCUCCUAUAGAGUCCUUCGAGGACCUGCAGAGGCUCCUAGACUCUGACUCCGUAGAGAAGGACCCAGAUGGUCCAUUAGUCCAGGAGCUGCUGCCCAAUCACACGGCCCCGCAUCGCCUUCCCAGGAGCCUCGGUGACAUCCAGGUGGCAGAGCAGGCUCAGUGCAAGGUGCGGACGGAGGUGAUGGAGGUGUCUCGCUCCAUGCUGGACCGCCGUAACGCCAACUUCCUGCUGUGGCCUCCCUGCGUGGAGGUGCAGCGCUGCUCCGGCUGCUGCAACACCAGGAACCUGCAGUGUGUGGCCACCGUCAGUAGAAUACGCCCCCUGCAGGUGACGAAGAUCCAGUUUGUGAACAAGCAGCCGUUGUAUGAGAGGGCCGUGAUAUCGGUGGAGGACCACGUCGAGUGCCGCUGCAAGAGCGCCGUGUCGGCGAACAUGCCCAGGACCACGGCGCGGAAACCGCAAAGCCCACCGCCACCGCCAAAGGCCCCCAGGCUCAAAAGCCCGUCCAAGGAGGACAUAUACCAGCAUGACGUGCUAAAGCAAAACCAGAACUUCCAGCUGGAGGAGCUGGAGGGGCGCCAGUGGCAGACCCAGACCCCUGACACGCGCUCGGGAACGUCCGGCCAGGGGGAGCCGUCGACACCCUCAGGCGCGCAGCCACCGCUUAGUGCUGCAACGUGGGAGGGAGCAGAGGAGAAGGAGGUGCGGCGGGAGGAGGAGCUGGACUCACAACUAGGAGAUGAAAGGCCUCCAGAGAGGCCAGGGGACCGUCACACUGGCACACGAUUGGAAGCAGGCCAGAGACUGUCCCACCAUCACCACAGUAAAGCCGCAGAGGAGAAACUCCCAUCAGAGAGCCCAGCCCCUGGCGGCGGCUCCACGGUAAAGAGAAGGACCGAAGUGGUGGAGCCACGGCCUAGCCUGCACCCGGAUGCAGUGACGAGACAUCCGCAAGAGCACUGGCCUGGCUCCGCCCAUGCAGGGACGACCAAUCAGGGGCCGCUAUCCAAGGAGCCCCACAGAGAUGACAAGCAGCUAGGGAUGGAAAUCAGGAGGAACCAGGAGGAAGUUGAGGCUUCAAAGAAGGAGGGACUCAGUGACCAAGAAAGGGAUCAGGUGCAGGAACAGCAAGCACGCCAACAGCACCAUCACCAUCAACAGCAUCUUCAUCAGCUGCACCAACAAGUGCACACGACCGCAACAAAAGCAGCGGUGGCGCCACCUACCACGAGAUCACCGGCCGUCAUGCAGACACCAUCCCCAUUCCGUCCCCCCAGGAGGCGCUCCUCUUCGUUACGAAGGAGACUACGUAAGAACAGGAACAGGAUGAGCAAGACAGCCAUGAGGGCCAUUCUCAUGUAGAGAACCCAUCCAAGGUGUUAAGCUGCUGUUCCGCCUCCUGGCCCACUCAAAAGUGCUCCUGGAGCUCGAGGGAAUUCUGAAGGCAUCGUGGAUGUACGGGUGCUCGUUGAAUAUAAGCUCAUCCACUCUAGAUCUUCACUUAGCUUUUUGCAUCAGAAGAGGCUUGUAAUAUUACCGGAACCUUUCUUGUAAGUUGUACGUGGCAACAAGAGUCUUUUCGAGAAAAUAGAAAUCAUCAGAGGGACUCCUGGAUGAGAUGGAACUCCUUAUGAGACCGGUUGUGCGUCAUGGGACGUCUCAUAUGUGUCCCAUCCAUGCCACACUGUGGAAACUCAUAGAAAUACUGGACCAAGACGCAACAAGAAAAGGUGACCCGGAAUUGGAAAGUCAUUCAACUGAAACAGGGGUUGACUGCAACCCUGGACUACAGCACUGAAAGAAACCUCAAGACUCUGAAAGAUAAAAUGAUCACUGUCACAUUUGAAUGCCCUCACGUAUCACUGGUGCAGUCGUAAUAUAUACAUGUGUAUACUUUUCUGGUAUGUUAAUUUAACCUAGACACUGGAUUUUAACUGAGAAGAGCAUCCAAGGCUCUGGAAUUCCGAAUUCUGAAAUUCCAAAGGCGUGUUCGCACUGGCCCGACGAAUCGAACAGCCAGAACUCGAGCCGAGGGCAUGUCAUAAGCGAUGCAUUAUCUGCUGUGGUUCAGACAGGCUCUGAACAGCUGUGGAGGUCUGUAAAGCCAGCCUGUAUCCAUCUGUCAGGCCUGCCGACCAGUGGACAGUCCAUGGUUGGGGGUCCUUCACUGGAGCAGCACCGUUUGCUGGACAAGGUUCUGAAAUGAAGCUCAGUAGAAGUGAAACCUGAUUGCUACAGAUGGCGAAAGUGCAAGUAAUUAGUUUGUGUCUAUGCACUCGGAGGCAUGUUUUUGUGUCAAAGAUGCCAGUUCUCUAUGGAGUCGUUCGACCAAGACUGGCCAUCGGGUCACAGUGGGUCAAGCAGAGAGUGACUGGGAGGUUCCCUGCUUGGAUGAGUCCAGUGCUGUGGACUCUGACAAGGUCCUGCCAGACAUCCAACAGGGGCGGGGUUGUCAAGAGAAAAAUGCAGAGCAAGUAGAGGGUGCCGUCAUGGGGAAAAAGGGCCGGUCCCUGUCAGAGAGAGACUGUCCCAUGAGGCUCCGGCCAUCGUUUCAUGCCAUGCUGACAUGGCAGGGGAACGACGCCGCAGACAGCCCACAGCCUCCGUCUUCAAAGUGCUCUAUUUCUUCAUUGUGUCGUUUUUCUCUUUUCCUUUCCGAAACAAUCACGGCUUUGAUGCUGUAGGAAAGGAAGCGGCAGGAGACACCGAUUAGCGGAAGGACUGUAGCCUGUCUCGACUGCCCCCCCCCCCCCCCCCCCGCCCCCCCUCCCCAGGGAGGCCUCAUUGGGCAGAGGGGCUUCAGAGUUGGGGGGGAAGAGGGGACAGACAUGUCUUCCCCCACCAGGACCAAAUAACAUGUGAACUGUCAAGUCCUGUCAUGAACACUGUAUGUAAAUGUUCCAGAAUGUCUAUUUUUUAAGUUAUUUAAAACUAUUGUCUCCCAUGUGCUCAUUUGUAAUGAAUUGUUUUGAUUAUAAUUAAUGUAAUUAUAAUGUUUAAUAUAUCUAUAAAAGCAAAGUAAUAUUAAUUAUCAA